CUGAUAAAAGCUGCUCUAAAUGUACAUGUGGCUGAUAAAAGCUGCUCUAAAUGUACAUUUGGCUGAUAAAAGCUGCUCUAAAUGUACAUAUGGCUGAUAAAAGUAAAGCGUGACUCCAGAAGUCCAGCAGGUGCGGUGAGAGAUUCGAGAGUCUUGUCUGUGUAGAACUGAUAUUCAGCUCUUUAACCCUGCAGGACGAGGAAGAAGCUAGUGACUCUGUUAGACUAACACAUGAGGAUGAUGAAAAGAUGCAUGACAUUAAUCCAAGGAAGCUUAAAUAUGAGAAAGCCUGCGGGUUGUGGUCUAGCUUCCUGCCUUCACCGGAGCUCGAGGCGAACUCCCCGCCUCACAUCCACGAAAACAUGGUCGAGAAACCACAGAACGACAUCUUAAAACUUCACAUAGAAGAGAAACUUGAAUCCACAGCUGAUGUCUCGAUUGAAACGAAGGAAUUGCUUCACAGAGAUGGCGACAAUAAGAAAUUGUGGGAAGAAGAAGCGAGUAUCCCUCUAGGAAAAGUGGGCCGAAUCGUUGGUGAAAUUGAACGUUGUACCUUUGGGCAGACUAAGUUUUCUGUCAGCCCGGAAAACACAGAGACCAAGAGAGGGGAUGAAAAUGAGAACAACACAAACGAUUCUGGCUUCUGUGUUCCUGAUGAUGAAGAAGUGAUUGAAGAGAAAACAACAGAGCUGCCGGUUAAUGGACACUCUUCUUACUCAAAGGAGAAGGUCCAGCACCAAACAUGUGAUCCGGGGUUGGCACCAGAUGUAGAAGUUCCCAAUGAUCAGUCGUCAAAGUCGCAGAGCUUUGUCGGUGCUUCCAAAGAGGAGUCAAAGGAAUCGGUUAGUGGUCAAAUAAAACCAGAGACUGAGACCAAAACCAAGGAAGUGGUGUUCAAAAGGAGCUGUUCCAAGGAUGAGGUGAAGGAAUCGGUUAGUGGUCAAAUAAAACCAGAGACUGAGACCAAAACCAAGGAAGUGGUGUUCAAAAGAAGCUGUUCCAAGGAUGAGGUGAAGGAAUCGGUUAGCAGUCAAAUAAAACAAAGGACAGACACAGAAACCGAGGAAGUGGCGGUCAAAAGGAGCUAUGUUCUGGGGUAUUUUGCUGGAAAGCUGUCCGAGGUGUACAAAGGUGCCGGCAGAAGGCUACAAGGCACACAGGACAUACUUCGAAAUGUGCGAGCCAGUGAUUUAAAGGAUGUGCUCUCUCAGUAUGUGACCAAGAUGUCCAAAGAGCUGCCGCUGAUUCAUCACAUGCAGCUUAAACCGGAGCCAGAACCUCGCGUUCUUCCAGAAGAUAAAGUCUGUCCGGUUGGUCAGUCGGGGGAUUUCACCCUUAUGGCCCCGGGUUUAUCAGGAUGGCCUGAUGGCUCCAUGUCGUCUCUCAAAGACGCGUGUCCGGUGGUGUUUAAGCAGGGGCUGGUCCAGAUGCCGCCGGCCUUGUCUCGGCUACAGUCCCUUUCCUCCCAGAGUAUGCUGGAGAAGUUGGGAUCGGUGGCUCCUCAGGUGGACUUCAACGAGCUUUUGAGUAUCUUCUGGCUCGAAACCGCCAACCGUAAGCAGCCAAUUCCUAAACCUGGGUGCUUGCUUUUGUCAAGCAAAGACAUAACAGUGCUGUCAACAAAUUCAGAUGACACCAUAGCUCUUCUUGACCACUUGAAUCUCCUGGAAAUCAAGGAGGUCCAGAUUAGUUUGGCCGGGCAGCACGUUCGCCUAAUUGGCUGCACCGAAGACACCGUUUUGGCAGUCUUCACCCACAACAAAGGUCUUACCCAGGAGUUCUGCAAGUCUUUGCUCAAGGGCCUUUCUCCGGGACAGUUCUCUGAAGGGACUGGCGAUCACCCGUUGCUCUCCGACGACCUAAUGGUCCUCUCGUUGGAUUGGACGCUGAGCGUUCCCGACAUCGCCCUGGACGACGGCGUUCACGUCACCUCCAGAUUCAAGCGCGUCCUCGCAGACCUGCUCUACAUCGUCCACGGGAACAUGGACGAUCCCGGCAAACCUUCUCUGGCGGACGUCCGUCCUCUGCUCUACACCAGCGUCAAGCUCAAGAACUCCACCGACGCCGCGCACCAGGACGCCAUUUCCCAGUUCCUCUUGACGGACACGCACGUGGCUCUUCUCCGGGAGGACGGCGUCUUUCACCCGGUGCCGCGGGGCUCCAGCGUGGUCCCGGCACAGCCCCAGUUCCAGGGACUCAGACUCCGCAAGCGUUCGGACAUCCGAUGCGUGCUCGUGAGGCAGAGUGACAACUGCCUGGUGGUCGAGCUCAUGUUCACGGCUCACAAAUCAUCAACUCCAGGGAAGAAGCUGGAGUGCGUGGUUGAAUCGGAGUUGCCCGCCAUCUUUGAUUCCAGUGAUUCCAGUGAUCCCUGUAAUCAAGGCGAUUCCUGGAAGUUAACCUUCGGUUGUACUUCAGAAGCUGUAAUGCUAGUCAAUGAUCUGUGCACCUGAGGGAAACACCUGAAGGCCUUUUCACCUUGAUUCAUUUACUAAUGUGAAUUACUUUUGUCCAAUAUGUAAAAUAGAAAUUAUCAGGCUGGCGCUUUGUUUGUUUUAGGAUGAAUUUUUGAUAUUUGACAAAGAUAAAAGACUCAAAAGACAUUGUCCAAAGAUGCUAAAAACAGCUGAACUUUGAUCCAUUCAGAUAUGCAGCGGCGUUUUUGUGUCUGAAAGAAAGGAACGAAUGGGAGACACUAGGAAGAAAGAAUUUAAAAAUAUAUUUUCAGACAUGCGCCUUAUUUUAGGAUCUGUUGAAUGAGUUUCUGCCGUUUGAUAAAAGAUCAAAAGUUCAGAGAUGAUGCAAAGUAAAAAAAUAUUUUACGUUUUUUUCAUGUUUUUAAAAACUUUUUGUGUUUUUCAUUCGUUUAUUUUGCACAAAGAGGUUUUUUGUGAGGAAGAAGCACGGAUAAUGUUGAUGUGUAACUGUGAAAUCUUUAAUAUGUAGUAAAACUGAGUGAAAUGUGUAUGCUUUGUUUACACUGGUUCUGGAUCCUUCUGGUUGAUUUGGGGUCUUUUUAUGGUUCAAAAGGAGAAUUUUGGUGUCACUGAAUUGAAAGUUUUGCAGCUGCACUUUAAAAAAAAUUAUAAUUUUGUGAUCUGAUGAUUUGCACAAUCUUUUUCAUAAUUACGUAGAUUUUUGUAUUGGAAUUAAUGUUUAAUGUGUCUUAAAGAAAUGUACAAUAAAAAUAUUUUAAUUGUUUAAAGAGGAUAAUAAAGAUUGAACUUUCUAU